AUGGUUCCACCAGUUGGCGGUGCAGAGCUUAAGCAGAAGCACUUGCCUCUUUGCAAGCCAAUCAAGGUGGAUUCCAGACAUUGGAUGUACGAACACGUGUUCACAAACUCAGACUCCAGUAUUGCAGUGAAACUCGCUAAUUCUAUUCUCACUUUAACUCACUUUGAUGUAUUGCUUUCAGUGGUAUUCCUCGCCCUCCUGCAUGUCUCUGCUCCCUGGGCAUGCUUCCGAACUUGUCCUUCCGGCUGUGUCUGUAGUCAGGAACGAAGUUGCUCUGUUCUUUGUGACCGAAUUGGGCUACCUGAGGUCCCCAAGGAGUUCCCGUGCGAGGCAUCUGCUAUCAAUUUGGAUAAAAACAACAUCAAAUUCUUGCCAGAGAGAGCUUUCGGGAUUCUUCCAGCCCUCCGAUCUCUCUCCUUGGACCACAACAACAUCUCCUUCAUCACCCCUGGAGCUUUCAAAGGGCUCCCGAAUCUUAUCGAGCUGAAACUAGCUCACAAUGAAUACAUUAAGUACUUGCACACUAGGACUUUCAAUGCUCUGAAACACCUAAUCAAACUUGACUUAUCCUGUUGUAAUCUCUUCAACAUGCCAGAUCGGAUCUUCAUAGAAUCAACUUCCUUGCAAGUGCUUGCCAUUUGGCAGAACCAGUUCAGAAGAAUACCUGGAGCUGUGAGAGGCAUGGAAAGCCUAACCCACUUGUAUCUGGAGCAGAACAGGAUCGAAGCAGUGGCCUACAACUCUCUGCAAGGAUUGAUCAAUCUGAAAUAUCUGAAUUUUCAGGAUAAUAAAAUAGCUGUAAUUCACAACAAAAGUUUUCAAGACUGUGUGAAAUUGGAAUAUCUCUAUCUUAAUGAUAACCUUUUGAGCCAUCUUCCUGAGUUUGCAUUUAAAGAACUCAAGUUUCUGAAGAUGUUGAACUUGGGAAACAAUUUUCUGAUGAAGGUAUCCAAUAUGUGGUUCAGUGACUUGAUUGAACUAGAGGUUCUUUAUCUGGAUAGAAAUGGAAUCAGCUACAUAGAAGAAGGGGCUUUUGAGAAUUUGACCAGUUUGAUUGCCUUGCAUCUAAAUAGCAACAACCUGACUUCCUUGACAUUUUCAGUCUUUCAGCCAGUGUACUUUAUAGGUAGACUCUACCUCUUCAGGAAUCCAUGGGAAUGUGAUUGUAGGAUUGAGUGGUUGAAGGAAUGGAUGGAAAAUUACAAAUUGGUCAGGGAUAUUCCAUGCAUCUCCCCACCUUCAGUAGCAGGAAUGGACUUAAGCAAAGUCAUCUUCCCCAGAUCUCCUGAGGGAUUUUGCUUAGAUCCAGUGGAACAAAACCUGACCUCUUACCUCCCAACUACAACAGAAUGGCUCCGAUCUACCACAGAGAAUAUGCUAAGUAGCCUUAUCUCUAAACUGCUUCUUCCAAAAUUGUUUGAGGAUGAUGUUGGGAAUAGCACUGAGAUAUUUAGGAAUGUAUCAGAUCCAGAUGGAGUCAACGAGAAGGUAUCUGCAGCAGCUGACAUACGACUUUAUCCGAAUAACGUACAAGUCAUGUUCCAGAUUCUCAUUAUUCUUAUUGGUAUAUUUUGCUAUAACAUAUGA